GAAGAUUUAAAUUCUGGGUCCGGAGCUCCUCACUGAGGACACGCGCGUAAUUCUCUGUGCGUCCUCGCAGCACCAUGCCGCUCUUCCUCGUCUGACCUCCUCGCUCUCCUUCUUGGAUGAACUUUCUCGCUGCCUGCGGGGACGCGGCCGCUCGCUCCGAGAUCAUGAAGACGACGCGGAAAUGCCGCGCGCUGCUGUCGGUGGGUCUGAACCUGGUGGCCCUGUUCUUCUCCACCACCGCCUUCAUCACCACGUACUGGUGCGAGGGCACCCAGCGCGUCCCCAAGCCCAACUGCAGCAAGCAACGGCACCACAACUGCAUCGACUACGGCGUGAACGAGACGGACCAGAACAAAGUGCACUACAGCUGGGAGACCGGGGACGACCGCUUCCUCUUCCGCCGCUUCCAUACGGGCAUCUGGUACUCCUGCGAGGAGAACAUCCACGAGUCAGGUGAGAAGUGUCGGAGCUUCAUUGAUUUGGCCCCGGCAUCGGAGAGAGGCGUGCUGUGGUUGUCCGUGGUGUCCGAGGUGCUCUACAUCCUGCUGCUGGUGGUCGGCUUCAGCCUCAUGUGUCUCGAGCUUUUCCACUCCAGCAACGUCAUCGACGGACUCAAACUCAACGCCUUCGCUGCCGUUUUCACCGUGCUGUCCGGUCUUCUGGGUAUGGUGGCCCACAUGAUGUACACCCAGGUGUUCCAGAUCACAGUCAGUCUGGGUCCUGAAGACUGGAGGCCUCACAGCUGGGACUAUGGAUGGUCCUUCUGCAUGGCGUGGGGAUCCUUCACCUGCUGCAUGGCCGCCUCCGUCACCACCCUCAACUCCUACACCAAGACUGUGAUCGAGUUCAGACACAAGCGGAAGCUCUUCGAGCAGGGCCUGCGUGAGGAGCAGAACUACCUGGACCAGGAAGCUUUCCACUACUUCCGGGACCGUUCACUCCAGUCCAUCUCCAGCACCGUGGAGGUCUACCCCGGCCACAGCGGCACCAGAGCCGGGCUUGUUGUCGGGGGGCCCGGUGCGGGCCCCGGUCCAGGUCCCGGACCGGGACGCGGGAAGAUGAGAGCGGGGUCUGCCUCAAUAGACUUGGGGGAGAACACGGACUCACUGGGGGAGGAGCAGUGCUGAGUCACACAUUGGAAUGAGGGGAUUGACUGGGUUGUGGGCGUGGCUACACGAUGAGGUGAACUGCACCUUCACAUGUGGACCCGGCCGCUAGUUUGUCCACUGUAACUGAAAGCAGAGGCAGAACUUAUUUUCUGUUUUAAGAGGACAACUAAAAGGCAGAUUAAACAUGGAUUACAAAAAGAAAAUACAAAUGUUCUUGCUGUGUGUGAAGUGAAAGUCAGUGUAAAGUGUGAGAAAUAGACUGUGGGUGAAAGUAGGCGUUCUCCUGCUUAUUUUGAGGUGCUGUGUGUAGUAUUUUAACAUCAAUACAUCGUCACAGUUUUGAAAAAUGGUGAAAGCCUUUGCUGAAUAGCGACCCUUGUAGCAAGAAGCGGAAAUUACUGUGGCCCUGAAGUCCAAAACACAGAAGUAUUUCAGAAAAUACAAGAAUGUUUUCAUUAAGGUUUCUUCUUUGUUACCAGCAAACACCCUUGAACAUCCUUCUUGGACUUUCUGGCAAACACAAUUAUGUGUCCGCCAACUGUUUAAUAUUAUCCAUGUAAAAUAAAAUAAAAUAAAAAAUAUAUAUUUAUUUAUUUAUUUAUUAAAUAAAAGAUUCUUGGGAGGAAUUAAAGAAUUACAUUAAAAUUAUAAUAAUUAAAAAAACAUCAUGAAUAAUUUAUUAAUCAUUUAUAUCAAAUUAAUUAAGAAUCAAAUGUAAUUGUGUUUAAAACUAGAUUUCUGAUUACGCCGCAUCCCUCCUGAAGGAGAUGGUCAAACAUGACUGUUCGUGGAACUUUUUUUUUUAAAAAAAAUCCAAGAAAAAUGAAUAUUAUCAAACUGUUGCUAUGAAAUGUAUGAACAGCUGCAUACCCUGUUAUUGGACUAUACACAGUAUAAACGUUAUUUGUGGUUUGUUCAGCAGUAACGAUAAUUUAUUCACAGUUAAUUUUUGUGUGUGUAUGUGUGUGUUUUGCACCUCAGGGCCACCGUAGAGGAACAUCAAUAUCUAAUUUAGCUAACAUUAGCCACAUAUGCUACUUGUCAUAUCAGACCGAGUUGUACUGCUGACGUGCUCGAGCAUGUUUGUCCCCCGAGUCCACUUCGAUGGAGUGCGAUCGCUUUGCAGUUGGGAUGGUCGUGAUUUUUAAAUAUUCAAAUAGUCAUUAAAAUAUUUUAAAAAACGCAAAUAUGUUACACAACUUUCUUGUCUUAAAAUUGUUUUCAACAGACACAACUGAUGCAGUUUUAGAAUAAUUACUACUCAUUAUUUGUUACAUUUUUUUAAAAAUGUAACAAAUAUGUUACUUAAUUACUGAUUUCUUAUCACUUUCUUUGUUGUGGGUGCUGGGCUGUGAACACACUUUACACCACAGGCAGUAUAAAGAUGAACGUAGUUACUGUGACACCACCUGUUGGUUUUUGAAGACAGAGAGGAGGUAUUCCUAAUACAGAAGCCCCGCCCACCUGUUGUUCAAAUCUUCUUUUUUUGGUUUAAAAGUUUGUUUCAGAUCUAUGAUGGGCGGGGCUGAGUCAUGCAAAGCUGCUGUAGUAGGGUCCAAUGAGCAGAAACAGCCACGCUAAAUAUGCAAAACAUAAUAUUUUGAGUUCACUCCUUCCUGCGUUAACAGAUGAUAAAUCAUUAAACUACAUCAUCCCAGCCACAUUUAUUUGGCCCAGUAGUGAACAAGCCUGCAGUAGACAUGCUAUUAGAUUAACACACUGGCUUUUGUAGCUCAUGUGAACUCUCGAUUUUCCAGGUCAAAUCAGUCCCUGGAGAAUCUCCCGGGCAAGCAAGACUGCCAACCGAUCAAGCAUGCUCCAAGACAUGCUUCUUUGUGAGCCUCGGUAUCUCUUAUCUGAUGUAGUCUGCA